UUCUAUUGAUUGACAUUCUGAGUCCCGGUGCCAUGGCCUCCGCUGGGGUGGCUGCCGGGCGACAAGCCGAGGAUGCAUUACCGCUGCCGUCGGAGCCGCCGUUGUCCGAAUCUAAGGCUCAGCCGCCUUCUCAGCCGCCCCCGGUCGCCGCGUCCCAGUCGCAGCAGUCGCCAGCGCCGCGACCUCAGUCACCAGCCGGUGUGAAGGAGGAGGAGAACCACUCUUUUUUACCUUUGGUUCAUAAUGUCAUCAAAUGCAUGGACAAGGACAGCCCGGAUGUCCACCAGGACCUGAAUGCCCUCAAAACCAAGUUCCAGGAGAUGCGGAAGCUCAUCAGCACCAUGCCCGGCAUCCACCUGAGCCCCGAGCAGCAACAGCAGCAGCUGCACAGCCUCCGAGAGCAAGUCAGGACCAAGAAUGAGCUUCUGCAGAAGUACAAGAGCCUUUGCAUGUUUGAGAUCCCCAAGGAAUAGAGAGAGGCUGCCUUCCAGGAGUGCCCAAGAGACAGAAGGCCAAUGGCUCUGCCAGUCCCCCCCGCCCCCAACUUGGUACGCACAACUUCUGACUCCAAUUCACAACUGCAGGACUGAGUGGGGCUGGUGGAGUUCCUCAGUAGCUGAACUUGGCCUUGACUGUGUGGGCACCCACAGCAAGCUUGUACUUAUCCAUAUGUCUAAUGCAUAAUGACUGAGUGCUUGCUGCAGGAGUGAGAAUGUUCCUGAAGCUGGAGAGGGGGAGGACUCCUGCCUCUGGGGAGGGACCACCUGCUGUGUCUGGGCCCCACUGGCAGAUCUGAAGAACAUUGUAGGAGAGGAGGUGGCUACCCCUCCUGCCCUCAGCUCCUCCCACCCUGAUAAGAUCCGUGUGUGCCAGGUACAUAUUGUUCCCUAGCAGCAGUUUCAUGAACAUUUGCAUAGAAUUCACUGGACAAAUUAGGCCUGCACUCAGAUGCCAUGGAGUUAAUAUGAUUAAAGGAGCCUGUGAGAGAAUGAACAUUGUUGUGAAAGGCCACAGGGUGGGUGGCUUUUUCCCCAAAAACAGUUUGGUUCCUUUUAUGUCUGAGCCAGUGAAUGGAACUGUAUCCAUAGGGGUGUCAACCCGGAGCUCUGCCAGGCAGCCACAGACUCCAGGCUCCAUCCUCCUACAUGUUCUUCUUACACUUGGCUCUUGCUCCCUUUGUCUCCUGUCACCUCCAGUUAGUACCCAAGAAUAGCCAAACCACUUCACACUCACAGUGCCUCCCUGGAGAUAGAGAGGGCCCAUCCUUCCUACACAGACUCAGAGGUUUCAAGAGAAGCAGCUCUGACCUCUGACUCAUGCUGGCCUGACUUAAACUGUUAUUUCCUCUCUGGCCUUCUCAGCAGAGCCAACCACAUUUGCUUCCCUGAAAACAAACAGGUUCCUUUUUGUUCAUAGAAGGGUGACUCUAAGUCACCCUUAGAGCCAAGGAUGAGUGCAUGGUCUGGAUCAGUUCUGAAGGGAGGCCUGGAAGUUUGCAGCCAGGUUCCAAUUCUGAAGUGUCUAUGAGUAGCCCUGGCUGUCCCCAGCUCCACGGUAUCCAGGUGGGACACUGUGUGCACUCUCCCCGUGGCUGUCCCAGCCCUGCUGGUGUCCAGGCAGGACACUGUGUAUGCACUGUCCCAGUGGCUGUCAGAUUGAGGCAAGAACUGUUCUUUCCCUGCCUCUCAAGGGUGAGGUACAAAGUAACCAAAUAUUGUUUGGAUCUUGAAAUGGGCACACAAUCUCUGCUGACCAGCUGAAGGGCUUAGCAGGUGCCUGCCAACUGGCCUCCCUGGCAAGACUGCUGGCUGGAGGUGUUUUUAGCAGGGGUUCCAGUGGCAUCGGCCUGCAGCCACCUGUCAGAAGGUGGCUGGCACUUUGGGAGCCCAGGGUAUGAAGCUGGAUAUCAGAUUUCAGUGAUCUUGGCCUGAAGAGCAGGCUCCAAGGUUAGAUCACCUCUACCUUGGGACUGUUAUUUAACUGAAUCAGUUAUUUUCAGAGUAGUGGGUGAGCCAAUUUUAAGGCUCUGACAAGAUGCCGUGAAACACAAAGCACAUAAAAAUAAAGACCUUGAGGGCCAUUCUGCAAAGCUGAAAUGAGAAGGGCUCC